GUAGCCUUGCUGCUCUCAGUGUCCUUAAGUUCCAGCCAAUCACUGAUGAUCUAGGAUAUGUAAUGCUUGUGUUUUAAGGACAAAUCUUUCACUUGAGUCAGUACAGCACUAGUAGAGCACCGAAACGCAACAAUGUUGGCAAGAGUUUUGUCUAUUACAAUUCUUAUUGGGUCAUCGAUCAUUGACAGCAAAGAUGUUCCUUGUAUCGUCUCUUUGAAAACCGCAAGACUUGGCGAUAAAGUUACUUUACAUUGUGGUGCUAGAAAGGGAAGUACAAAUAUGCAUUUCUGGUACAAGCAAUUGAUUGGAUAUGUUCCCCAAGCGGUCGCUGCAAUAGUGUACAGGCGUGGUCAAAUUUUCCCUCCUUUCAAUUCAAGUUUCACUGUAGCAGAACCAGACCUGGAUCUGAACAUUAGAUCUGUGAGUAAAGAAGAUGAAGCAAACUAUUUCUGCCAAGAGCAGUAUUCAAAUCAUUGGAGUGGAAUUUUUUUGUCUGUCAAAGAUCCCAAUGAACAGAGGUUUGUCUCCCAGACUGUAGUCCAACAGCCUGUGUCAGCAUCAGCUCAGCUGGGAGACCCUGUGGCUCUCCAGUGCUCUGUUACCUCCCAGAGGACAGACCACAAUAACCAGUGCCAAGGGGAACCCAGUGUGUACUGGUUCAGAUCAGGAUCAUCUCACCCUGCUGCCAUUUACAUGAAUGGAAACAGGAGUGGUGAAUGUCAGAAUAGUUCUGGUCCUCCGUCUGCUCCACAGAGCUGUGUCUACACUCUCCCCAAGAACAACGUAAACUCCUCUGAUGCUGGGACUUACUACUGUGCCCUGGCAGCAUGUGGGGAAGUUGUGUUUGGAAAUGGAACCAAGCUGGACAUAACAGAUCCCAACUGUCAUCUAGUGAUCUUGGUGCAUCGGAUUCUGUUGGCUUGCUUUCUGGUUGUGAUUAUAAUCCUCAUUCUCAUCAUACAUUACAGGACGGGGAAACCAAAACCUAUUCAGAGCUAGAGUUCUCUGGCAGAAAAACCAAAGGAGGGAAGAAGAACAGUGAAAGGACUCAGGAGAGCCUGUAUUCUGCUGUGAGAGGAACCUGCCCCUGAAGUCUAUCAAACAGGUCCAAAUCUAGUUUGAUUUCCUCAAUAUUGUGACCUGGAUGUGAAUUACGUUUCUAAAGAUGUACAAAGUAUAAGCUUAAAAUUAGAUUAGAUAAGUUAGGGUAAAUAGUAUGAAUAUGAGAGGAGCUUUUUUUCAUAGGCAUGUCGUAUUAACUGCCACUUAACACUGGGGGUUAUACUAGGCUUGGGUUUGUGUGGCUUCACUCACAAGUGUGGUAUUUGUGUGGCUGUGGCGAUGUUCAUGUAUCUUAUCAUGUACCAUGUAAUAACUAAUAAAUGUUUCAUUUAUUAGUUAUUUUCUACUCUCAAAAUGUUGUCAAUAAAGGAAUUUAAUGAAUCAAUAAAUAUGUUUAGAUUGUAUAUUCAAAUUCAAAGUUUCAUUGGUCACAUGUUUGCAAAAAAAACAUUUUACAUGCAGUGAAAUUAAAAAGGGGUCACCACUCUGUCAUUCAUUGUGCAAAUUACCGGAACCUGAAUAAAUAAUAGAUAAUAGUAAUUUAAAAACAGACAUCCCUUAAUGAGAUGAUGCUAUAGAAACGGUCAUUAAAAAAAAAAAAAAAAAAAAAAAAGGUA